UUUUCAAGAUUAUAGCUUUUUGAUUUGGAUGUGAGUUUUCCUCUCAAAAGAUGGCAUCUUUUAGUGGUUUAGGAAUUGGUUUGAGUUUUGUUUUUGGAUGUAUACUCAUGGGACUUGUAGCAGAGUUGUAUUACUUAUUAUGGGUAAAGAAAAGAAUCCCAAAGAGUGAAUCAGAGGAUGAAUACAGCAGCAGCAGCAGUUAUGGGACUGAACUUUUUCAUCUUUUCUGUUGGAAGAAGCCUAAUUCAGUAUCCAAUAUUAGCAGUCAAGAACUAAACAACACACUGAGAAAUCAAGAAAUGAAUGGUCAAGAUCAAGAUUUGGAGUUAGGAAAUAGCAAAGAUUUGCUACUAAAAGGGUAUGGUGAAGAUAGUGUGGAGUCAGAAUUAAUGAGGUUACACAAUCUUUGUGGACCUCCAAGAUUUUUAUUUACAAUUAAAGAGGAAACAAAGGAAGAUUUGGAAUCUGAAGAUGGUAAAUCAAGAGGUGAAAGAAGUAGAACUUGUUCAAGAACAAGAAGUUUAAGUGACUUAAUUCUUACUCCUUUAUCUUCACCACCAAUUAAAGGUCACAAUCUUGAUUCUUACAAUUGCCAAGGAUUCAAUCCUCUCUUUGAAUCUUCAACAGAAACUGAACUAAACAGAUUAAGAUCUUCACCCCCACCAAAAUUCAAGUUCCUAAGAGAUGCUGAAGAGAAACUUAUAAGAAAAUUGAUUGAAGAAGCUGAGAAAAGGGGUCUAAAAAAUGAGAUUUCUUUUCAAGAUUCUGCAAUUAAAAAACCAUUUGCUAAUGAGGAGAAACAACGACAACAACAAGUUGGGUCCGGGGAGGGUAAUGUUUACGCAAACCUUAUCCCAACCCCGAGGGAUAGAGAGGUUGUUUCCAGGAGACCCUCAGCUCAAGAAGGCGACAAGAGACUUGCUAAUGAGGAGAAAGGGUCAUUUAUUUCAUUUCUUGGUAAGAGCAAAUUGAGAGAGCCACUUCAACAAUUACAAGUUCAGAAUUCAACUUCUGUAAAGGUAAUUCCAUUGGCUUCUUCACCUUCAACUUACAAGCCAGUUGAUAAUGAAUCUGUUAUGGUUUAAUUCCCUUUCUAAGUUUAGAUGAAGAGGUUUAAAUUUCUUUAUUUUUUUUCACCUCUUUUCAUCUAUUAACCAAACGUACAGCAAUUGCCUCCCUCUCUUGUAUUAAUUUUAGUUUCCAGAUAGAAAAUAGAGAUUUGAUUGUAAGUUCUCUGGAUUGUUAAUCUGUUUUUAAGCAAUAGACAGUCCUUUUAAUUUGUUGCUCUAA